AGAAAAUUCAAGAAAAUCAUUCUGAAAUUAUUAGUCCUGUUGUUUUAACAAUACUUCGUAGUCGAGGCUUUUUUACUGAUUUGCAAUAUCUUUCAGAUGUUUUAUUUCCAAUCAAAGAGGCAAUUUUGGCAGUUGAGGCAAAUCGUUCUACCUUUGCUGACUGUUAUAUUAAUUUAGUAAAAAUUGCUGUGACAAUUCAAAAUCUUCCUAUUGACGAAUAUAAAGGAUUUCGCAAUAAAUGUGUUAAAAAAUUUAAUAAACGGUUUGAAGAAUUUAAUGAUCCUAUUUAUCAACUUAUAUAUUUUCUUCAUCUAGCAUAUAAAGGUCUUGGAUUAAAGUUUGGUACAUUUCCUUUUAUUGCAAAUUAUGCUGAAAAAUUAUGGCAACAAAUAGAGCAAAAAGAAAAUAUAAAUGAAAAUCUAAAUUCUUAUACUGCCCCCUAUACAAUUAAACAACUUUGUCAUACUCAAACUGCAGAAAUAAUUUCUGAAAUAAUAACAAAUAUUGCCAAAACUGUUUUUAAAGAGUUUGAAGAAGAAAUAUUAAUAGAAGAAGAUGAUAUUAAAAUGCUUAAUCCUGCUGAAAACCUUUAUCCAAAUGAACAAGAUUUAGACUUAAGCAUUUCAACUUCUAUUGAUUUUAAAUCUUCAGUUUUUACAUUCUCUAAUAGUUAUAAAAGUGAGAAUUUUAAUGAAAUCGAAUUUGAUAAUAAUAUACAAGAAAGUGAAUAUAAUGUUGAUGAAAUUGUUGCUGCAGAAUUAAAUUACAGUUUACAUUAA